AUGGCGGCGCCGCAUCGUCCCCGCGUAUUCUUGGAGAUCAGCAUCGGAAACGAACCAGCAGGACGAUUGACCAUCGAGCUGUUUGCUGACAAGACUCCAAAGACAUGUGAGAACUUCCGUGCUCUAUGCGCAGGAUCGCACUUGAAUCUCAACUAUGCACUCAGUCCGUUCCACCGUAUCAUUGAUGAGUUCAUGGUACAAGGCGGAGACAUAACCCGCGGCGACGGAACUGGAGGUGACAGUAUCUACGGUGGAGACUUUGAGGAUGAGAACUUGGGAUGGCGUGACAUGGACGCUGCUGGGUUGGUGUGCAUGGCCAAUCGUGGAAAGGCCACCAACAGCAGUCAGUUCUUCGUCACUCUCGACUCGUGCCCGCAUCUGAACAACAAACACACCAUCUUUGGGCGUCUGGUCGGUGGAGAAGACACACUUGCUCGCAUGGCCAAAGUCCAGGUGGACAAGGACGACAAGCCUCUGGAGCCCGUCCUGAUCGCUCGCUGCGGAGAGCUUGAGCGCAAGCAGAAAGCACCAAUCGCAUCACCCGAACCCGAACCCGUCAGCAAAGACAGAGGCCGAAGAAACAGACGCGGGAGCUCUGCAUCUGUCUCCCGCUCGCCAUCCCCACGUCCAGAAAAGAACCAACGCGUACGAAGAAAGAGUGAUCACAUAAUCGACGAGAACCUGCGUGGCAGAGUACGCGCAAGGUCCAAGGAAGAAGUAGAAGACUCUCCUGCUCGAGAGCGAGCGAUUGAGUCAGAUUCGCAAAGUCCGGACAGCAGAUACAAGAGGAAGCGCAGUCCUAGUCCGUCGCGCGGAUACGAAAGGAAGAAGGCUAGCCGCGAGUCAAGUCGAAGCCCAGUGGACUCACGUCGGAGGAGAAGAAGCCUGCCAAAUCAGUACUACGAUCAGGACGCACCGGCUCGACCCAACGAUAACGAUCGUAGACGACCCAGAGACAAUGAUCGGUACAGACCUGGCAACGACGGCAGACAGUACGACAGAGGCGGCGGUGGAAGAAGGGGUGGACGAAACUCAUACCGUCCACCGCCCAGGCAAGAAGAGGGACGCUUAGGUGGAGACACGUACGGCAGUGCCGGAGCUGGAGCAGGCGAAGAGAGCACCGUCAAGUUCAAGGGUAGAGGCCACAUGAAAUUCAGGGAGCCUGACAGGCGCUGGUGA